UGCUGGGCGGGCAAGAGUGACAGCCUGCGACCUCUGGACUCCGAGUGCGGGUGGAAGAACAGAAAGCCGGAGGGAGGCCCGCCCGUGACCGCUGAAUCAGGGUGGGCUGGCGGCCGCUUGGAGCCGGAGCGACGGUCGGUCGGGGCGGCUGAGCCGAGAGGGAGCCCCUUUCCUGGUCCUCUUGAUUAGAAGAGGAGUCAUGUCAGAAGAAACAGUAAGUGAAUCACAGUUUUCCCUGAGGACAGCAGCACUAAGAGUGUUUGAUCUUCCUCUGUCUUGGUACUAUUCUCUCUGCCAGAUCAAGUUUUCGCCAGUAGCUAAAAAGUUAUUUGUGGUAACUGCAGUGAGUGUUGUAUCUGUAAUUUUUCUGGCCCGUCACUUUAAAAGAAGACGUGGAAAGAAGAAAGGAAAAAUAUUACCAUGGGAACCAGAGCAUCUCAUACUUGAAUACACUAAAAGAGCAGCAUCAGACAAAGGUUCAAGUUGUUCCAGUAGCAGACAGAAUUUGACAUUAUCUUUAAGUUCUGCCAAAGACAAAGGAUCUCAGUCUUAUAAUUAUGCUAAUGGAGGACUCUUCAGUAAAUACUCAGGUUCUGCACAAAGUUUGGCCUCUGUCCAGAGUGUCAAUUCUUGUCAUAGCUGUGCUUGUGGCAAUUCUAAUUCCUGGGACAAAGCAGAUGAAGAUGAUAUUAAACUUGUUAAUAUUCCUGUGACCACUCCUGAGAACCUAUACUUGAUGGGUAUGGAAUUGUUUGAAGAGGCAUUGCGUCGAUGGGAACAAGCUCUAACCUUUCGAAAUAGACAGGCUGAAGACGAAGCCUGUAGUUCCAUUAAACUGGGUGCGGGAGAUGCCAUUGCAGAAGAAAGUGUAGAUGAUAUUAUUAGUACUGAAUUUAUCCAUAAACUUGAAGCUCUGUUGCAAAGAGCAUAUCGUCUCCAGGAGGAGUUUGAAGCUACUCUAGGGGCAUCUGAUCCUAAUUCCCUUGCUAAUGAUAUGGAUAAAGAUACAGAUAUCACCAUGAAGGGGAAUAUGGAUGACUUUGGCCUGAGAGACACCUUGAGUGUCACAUCAACCGAUUCUUUUGCUUCAGCAGCAGAGCUUGCAGAACACAAAGAAGUACAGCAUAUCUACAGUCUGGAAUCUCUUUGCCACUGCCCUUUUUACGAAGAGGCCAUGCAUUUAGUUGAAGAAGGAAAAAUUUACUCAAGAGUGCUUAGAACUGAAAUGUUGGAGUGCCUAGGAGACAGUGAUUUUCUUGCCAAACUUCACUGUAUUCGACAGGCUUUUCAGGUAUUUUUUUUAACAGUAAUUCUUUCAGAAACAGCCAACAGGAUAUUCCUUGCUGAAAGUGGGAGGAAAAUUUUAUCAGCGUUAAUUGUAAAAGCACGAAAGAAUCCGAAGAAGUUUGAAGAAGUUUUUGAUGAAAUGAUCUAUUUUUUAGAGCAGACUGAUCACUGGGAUAGUACUGAAAUGGAACUUGCUGCUAGAGGAGUGAAAAAUCUAAAUUUUUAUGAUGUUGUUUUGGAUUUUAUAUUAAUGGAUUCCUUUGAAGAUUUAGAAAACCCACCCACAUCCAUACAGAAUGUAGUAAAUAAUCGCUGGCUAAACUCCUCCUUCAAAGAAACCGCUGUGGCUUCAAGUUGUUGGUCAGUGUUGAAACAGAAAAGGCAACAGAUGAAGAUCCCAGAUGGAUUUUUUGCCCAUUUUUAUGCCAUUUGUGAGCACAUCAGCCCUGUCCUAGCCUGGGGUUUUUUGGGUCCUAGAAAUUCUCUCUAUGAUUUAUGUUGCUUCUUUAAGAAUCAAGUUCUUUUCUUUCUCAAAGACAUUUUUGAUUUUGAGAAGGUGCGCUAUUCCAGUAUAGAGACUUUGGCUGAAGACCUCAUGCAGUUGCUUAUUCGCCGCACUGAACUUUUAAUGGCCUAUCUUGGAGCCGAUGCACUGAGGCAUACAAGUAGCUGUAUAAGUAGUCACAGUCAUGUUAUGCCCAGUGGCCUAUUAGAAGCCAAAGUACAAUAAGUACCAUAAAAAUCAGACAAUUUCAGUGUGCUAUGAAAUAUUUUAAGGUAACUAUUGAUUUUGUAACAUAUAUUACACAGAAUUGGUGGAUAUGGACUCAGGGAGGAAAAAAAAACCUAGUAAAGAAUGAGUGAUUGUACUGUACUUACACAGAAGUUCUGUCAUUGAAUCCCCAUGUAGUGUAUCCAAAGUGCUUUUUUUUAAUCUUUAGGUAAUAAUCUUUGUGAAAUGUAUAUUUUACAGAAAUACUGCUUGAAUUGAAACCAGUACUUGGGAGUUAAUUGAUUUAUUGUCUUGAAGCUGUCUGAAAUGUCCAGUUUCAUUCUCAAAAGCUUUGUUUUUAUGCUUUGCACCUGGAAUAUAUAUACUUCAGCCAAGACUUUUAUGGCUCACACAUGCAAGAAUAUAUUACUCCUAGUGUCAACAAAGUUAACUUUGCCUGAAAAUGUAUUUUUAAUUGUAAAGUUAUUUGUUGUUUAAUCAAGUUUAGGCGGUAGUGGUGUUUAAUACAUACUGCUUAUGUUAUUGCUUGUGCAUUUGCUUAAGUAUUUGAAUCAAAGAAAUUGUAAUAGCCAAGUAUCAUUACAGAACAUUUAAAUGAAUUGCUGCUGAGAAGCUUACAAGUUACAAGUUUAUAUUAGAUUUACUGAAGUUUCCAAAAUACAUUACAGUUGGUCCUAUGUUACAAUAGAGAGACUGAAAAAAUUUCUUUUAUCUUGGUAUAGAUUAGAACAUUUCCCUUUAAUGAAUAUUGAUUUAAAAUGUAACAUUUAUUAACUAUGACAGGCAAUUGAAAUUUUUCCAUGUAGUUUUGAGACUAUCUCCCAACAUCCUAGGGUAUUAAUCUUGAAACAGUAAUAUCAUUUCUUCUUUCUCCUUAUGCAAAACUGGCUUUUAGUUGUUUCUACAGAGAACUUAGCACACAGAAUUUGUCAUAUUAUAACCAUAUUUUCAAGUUUUUCAUUGAUACUUUGAAUCUUAGGGAGGUCUUGAAGGUUUUUCCCCCGAAUAUAGAGCAAAAUAUUUUUUAAUGGUAUGGAAGUAUGUUUCCUGUCCUUUAUGAUAGAUAUAUGAACAAGUGGGUUGUUCACAUGAAUAAGGUUCUUCAGAGUAUAUUAGAUACUUUCAGAGUUGUAUUAAUUUUGUGUGUAAAUCAUAUGCCAUUUAUUUAGAGUGGCUGUCUGAGUAAAACAAUGGAUUGGAUUUGUUGACUUUGCUCCUAAAGUGGGCUUUAUUCAUUUUAGGAGUGAGUUAUCCAGAAGGAUCUAAAAUAUAUUUUUUUAAAUGCAUUUUUAAAGUGCCUAGUUUCUGAUGAAUGAAUAGAAAAUGAAAAGUGGGGAAAGGAGCAUAAUCUUUUAAUGUUUUAAGUUUAUAUAUGUGCCACAUUUAUGUAAUAUUAGUUACAAAAUAGGACAUUCAGAACCUUUAUGCUGUUUGCAUGUACUGUGUUCCAUAAUGUGUAGGUUACAACAUUAAACAAUAUGAAAUAUUGCUCUAAUA